CUCCCCUUCUUCUUUGUGAGAACGGUUAUGGUGAGUCAUUCUUCACCUCUGAUAUUUAGGUCAGGUUGUCAGGUACGUGCAAAGUUGAAAAAGCCUAAGGGGCUUUUUUCUAAAAUGAACGUAGUAAGCCCUUCCGAGACGUCGACGAAGGACGUUGGUCCACCCACAUCAAUGCCUCUAAAUAAUACCCCACUUGAACAAGGAGCAGAGUUUCAACCGGGGAGAAAACAGCCAAAGCGUGUGUUGCACUUCAGCGACGGUACCCUUGAGGAGUUUAGCACUGAUGAGGAAGACGAUGUUGAGCCCUGCAGUCAGAAGAAGUCAGGGAGCCAAGUCUCAUCAGUCAAUCCUGCCACAUUGACAUGGAUGCCAUGGUUUAUCUACCAGACAGUCUUCGUUGGCAAUAAAACCCUUGCGAUGUGUGACUUUGUCGGCGAGUACCUGGCAAGCUUUUUUGGAAUCACAUCGCCAAAGUAUGAAUACGAAAUCGAGCAUUUUAAAAGAAUGCAAGCUGAGGAAAAUGAGAAAAAGAAGGACGAUUUAGAAUUAGGAGGAUGGAUUCAACAGGACACCAAUGUUAUUUCUUCUGAACAAUUUCGCUCAGCUGAAAGCAGUUAGUGCAGGAGUUGUUUGAUCUGAUCAUGCUGAAAUGUCAGGCAGUGAGCAUUCAUUAAGGCUUUCUUUCUUUUCAUUUGACCAAGAAAAAGGAGCUUCUUAUAUUAUUUUUACCUGUAAUGUAAACUUUUUCUUUUAAAUCCUAUUUAAUUCUACUUACCUCAAUUUGUAAUUAUAAUUUACCAAUUAUUCACUUUAAUUUAUUCUACCUGUAUUUCUUAAGUAUAUUACCAUUUUGCGUUUAUUUUGUCAUCAUAAAGUGCAUAUUGGAUAAUUUUAUUUAUUUGCCGCACGUUUCUUAAACACUUUUGUGCAAUUUUGUAUAGCAAUAAAUAUAACUAUUUUAACGUGUUA